AUGUAUUUUGCAAGAUCUGUUGUUGGUAGGUUGACAAGACAAUUUAGUAAUACAAGAAGUACAAUGACUGCAAGCCAUCAAAGAGUGACAAUUAUCGGUUCCGGACCUGCUGCCCACACGGCAGCUAUCUACUUGGCAAGAGCAGAGAUCAAGCCAACUUUGUAUGAGGGUAUGUUUGCUAAUGGUGUUGCUGCUGGUGGUCAACUGACUACGACUACUGAAAUUGAAAAUUUCCCUGGGUUUCCAGAGGGUUUGACUGGUAGUGAACUUAUGGAGAGAAUGAAGCAACAAUCUGAGAGAUUCGGUACUGAAAUCAUUACUGAAACUGUGGCUAAAGUGGACCUUUCUUCAAAACCAUUUAAAUUCUGGACCGAGUUCAAUGAGGAUGCUGAUCCUAUCACUACUGAUGCUAUUAUCUUGGCGACGGGUGCGUCUGCUAAGAGAAUGAAUUUGCCAGGUGAAGAGACUUACUGGCAACAAGGUAUCUCUGCAUGCGCUGUCUGUGAUGGUGCUGUGCCCAUUUUCAGGAACAAACCAUUGGCUGUGAUCGGUGGUGGUGACUCUGCAUGUGAAGAAGCUGGUUUCUUGACCAAAUACGGUUCCAAAGUUUAUAUGCUUGUGAGAAAGGAUCAUCUACGUGCCUCUACUAUUAUGCAAAGACGUGUUGAGAAGAAUGAGAAGAUUGAAAUUCUCUACAACCACGUUGGCUUGGAGGCUAAAGGUGAUGGUAAAUUGCUAAACUCUCUAAGGGUCAAGAACGUCAAGACUAACGAGGAGAGCGACCUGCAAGUAAAUGGUCUAUUCUAUGCCAUCGGUCACACUCCAGCUACUAAGAUUGUUCAAGGACAAGUUGCCACAGAUGAAGCCGGCUACAUCCAGACAACUAAGGGUUCUGCAGAGACUUCAGUUCCAGGUUUCUUCGCCGCAGGUGACGUUCAAGAUUCCAGGUACAGACAAGCCAUUACCAGUGCUGGCAGCGGCUGUAUGGCUGCAUUGGAUGCUGAAAGAUACUUGUCUGCCCUAGAGUAG